AGGGCGGGCGUUGGGGCGGCACUCCGGCGGAGCAGGGCGGUGCGGGCCGUGGGGCGCUGCUGGGGGCGGGCGGAGGGGCCGCGCGGCCGUCGCCUCUCGGACGUUAGCGGCCGUGACCCCGCGGCUCGGUUUUGUUUCGUGCGUCCGUCCCGCUUUGUACGGCCGCUGUUAAUUUUGUAAUAAGACGCGCCGCGAGCGCUCCCUCGGUGCCAUGCACAAAGCCUUAAGCGGUGACUUAGGAUCGCAGCAUCGUCGCGGCUGGUGGAUCUCGCCCGCUCCCAUCCCCGGCCCGGCCCCUCGCAUCUCGCCGCCGCUCUGCUCUCCGCCGUGCGGGGCUGGAGCCGAGCUCGGGACGGGGCAGCGCUUCGCCGCCUUACCCGAACCGCUGACGUCUGAUUUCCUUCUCAGUGUGUUGAGGAAAAGUCUGCAGACGCGAAAGUGCAGAGAUAACACCUGAAGCACAAACCGUGUCCAUUCAUUUUCGGAAUGUUGUAGGAACAGAACUCGUAUGUACGUAUCUGUAGGAUAAAGGAAAAGGAAAUGCGGCUGAUAUCUGUAGCUUUAAUACUUCUUUGUCAGAGAUCAAAUUAGACAGCGAUGUAAUUUGAAAAAGUGUAUCUGGUGUAUUCUUUCUGAUGCUGGUACCUGCCUGCCACUGUGUUCUAUUGGUAUGUAAAAAUGGAGCCCUGGCCGGCCCAGUGAAAUGGAAUGUAAGGUUUGCCUCAUUGGUCAUUGCGGUGCUCCCGGGUUGUGUGGAAUAAUGUUCUUCCCUUUUCAUUGCCAUUUUGAUUCUGUUUCUUGUCCCUCAAAUAGGUUUUAAAUAUGUUGUUGAAACUUUUUCCCUUUCAAUCAGAAAAAAAGAUGUCACUGGUAUCUGCAGUUUGAAGACUGGAUCUUAUCUGAAAGUCACUGAUCCCAGGCGCUGCCACCUUAGUCUUCCCAUAGGACAAGGAUGCCUUCGAUUCUCAAUAUGAACAAUGACCAUAGAUAACAAGCCAAAAUCUUCAAAGGCCAAAAAGUCCUCAUCGAGACAAUCCGGUAAACCCAGGAAACCCCGUACUAAAACUAUGAAGUCACGCACUGCAAAAAACCAAAACCAGGUCUCUGAGAACGAAGGACGUGGAGGUGCUAUUUAUUGUAAAUCAUCUGAAAAAGUUAGACCUUUUUCCGUUGAAGAUUUAGUCAUCAAUGAUGGAAUUGCUCCACCAGAAAGGAUUCUUUUUCCACCUGAGAAGAUUUGUAUGGAUUGGCAACAAACACAAAAUGGAGUUGGAGUUGGACUCUACAAUCUUGGCAAUACGUGUUUUAUUAAUUCUAUUCUACAGUGUUUGACCUACACACCCCCACUCGCCAACUACAUGCUUUCCCUUGAGCAUACCCAGUCGUGUAAUUGUCAAGGCUUCUGCAUGAUGUGCAGUAUGGAAACUCACAUUAACCGAGUCCUGUGUUGUGCUCUUGAUGCCAUCAAGCCUGUAGUUAUUGUCCAUGAACUUAAAAGAAUAGCAAAACAUUUCCACUAUGGUGCUCAGGAAGAUGCGCACGAGUUCUUACGCUUCACUGUUGAUGCUAUGCAGGAAGCGUGUUUGGAUGGCUGCCCCAUACUAGACAGAUCUUCUCAAGCAACCACCAUCAUUCAUCAAAUAUUUGGAGGAUUUCUAAGAUCCAGAGUAAAGUGCUUGAACUGCAAAGCAGUUUCGGAUACAUAUGAGCCAUACCUUGAUAUACCUCUGGAUAUACAGCACAUUUCUUCUGUUAUCGAAGCUCUAGAACAAUUUGUGAAACCCGAACAGCUGGAUGGAGACAAUUGCUAUAAGUGCAGCAAAUGCAAGAAGAUGGUGCCAGCAACAAAGAGAUUUACAAUACAUCGUUCUUCCAAUAUUCUCACACUAUCACUGAAAAGAUUUGCAGAUUUCACGGGCGUGAAGGAGACCAAGGAUGUUGAAUAUCCUGAGUAUUUUGACCUUGGAGCUUAUAUGUCUCAACCAGAUGGAGAACCACUCAUUUAUGCCUUAUAUGCGGUUGUGGUUCACAGCGGCGCCAGUUCUCAGACAGGACACUACUUCUGCUUCAUAAAGGCUGCUGAUGGAUUUUGGUAUCAGAUGAAUGAUUCUGCAGUAGUGCGAAGUAACAUCGAAACAGUCCUUGCUCAGCAAGCUUAUUUACUAUUUUAUACCAGGUGCUACGAUUUCACACUUGGAGAACGUACUCUUUACUUACCAGCGCCGCCUCAUCCCAGUUCACUCGUCGGUCAAAAGGAGACUAAUCGUAAGCCGGACAGCUUCAUGGGACCACGACUUCCUCCUAAUAUGAUUAAGAAUUCAAGUCGCUUAAAUGGAAAGAUACCUUCAAAAGACGAACCCAAUACCGUAGGUCUCACCUUAAAAAGGCCAUCUUCAGCUCCACCCAUAGCUUGUGCUGAAAACUGGACAAUGGUCAGGCCUUCAAUCAUCAACCCAUCAAUAGAUCAGACGCUCGUUAUCAGUCUUAAUAACAAAUUGCCUGAACGUGAUACACUGUCAGAGCCUGACUGUCUUCUUGCUCUGGAGGAGGAUGAGACUAUAUCUAUUCCUUCAUCCACAGAUACAAAUCGUGCAGCAGAGUCUACCUCAAAUACACCUACAAUGUUAGCUGCUGCUAAUAUUUUCGAACAAGAUGUUCUGGAUGACAUUUUCACUGAGCCAGUGGUGAAUGGAAUUCCUGAACUCUGCUCUGAUAACGCAGUCUUUUAUUGUACAGAAUUUUUAAGAAAACCUGAGGAGGAGAAGUCAUCAGAGGACUUACUUACAAGGAAUGACAAAAUAAUAUCUCCCAAGGGAAUGUCGUUUGAAAAGGUCUGUACAUUGCAGGACUGCCAUUCUUCCUGUCAGAAUGCUGAAGAGGAAAGAUCCCAGCAUGAGCUGCCAAAAAAUGAUUCACUAAGUGGUGCUAAUAGUUUAGAUAAUGAACCUAAAGAAAAUGGACUGAAACUUGAUGAUUCCAGUUGCCAAGUCCCAUCUGCUAAACCUUCAAAAAUGUUAUUUUCUAAAACCAAUGGAGUGCUUAAAACAAUGCCUGUAACUUUGUAUCCAGCCUCUCGAGAAAUGCUAAAUUCCUUUAAAUACGGCCAGUUGAACAGCUUGUCAGAGGAAAUAAGUGCCCCUGGACCUCAGAAAUCUUCUGAGAACAAUUGUCUUAUGGAAACAGGAAUGAUGAAUGCGCUGUUGGUCUAUGAAGAACUCCAAAAACUUCCUUCCGUCUUGAACUAUGACGGUGCGGAUCUUUUUAUUCAAUCGGAUACUGAAAUUAGUUCUGCCAAAGAAGAAGUUGCCGAAAGUAUUGUAACAAAAGCUGAUAAUGCACAACCCAAUGUCAGUGGUCAGCACGAGGUUAGGAGAGGAUCCUUGGACACUUUAGAUGAAUUCCUUUUAAAUUUUGAGCCUGAAGACAGUGGUGACAAAGACGAACUUUUAAGAUCAGAAGAACUUGAUCUCAUUGCAAAAGAAAAUCCUUUGUAUAGUGAAGUGUCUCCUGAGACUGAAGAGGAAUUAGGACAGGCUUCCUCUAUAAAGUCUGAUUUUGAAUGUAGUUCUAAAGGACCACCGUGUCUAGAUACUGGAGAUAAAUGCCAAGAUACAAAGGACAUAUCUAAUAACCAUGUAGAUGUACCACCUGUUAAUGACUCUUCUGUUACAAAGCUGGAUAAAGUUUUGGAGAGUCAAUUUUCUAGAGAAAACAAGGGGCCGACUAAUAGGAAUUAUGAAGAAAAUAAGCAUAAGAAAAAAGGUAAAAAGAUACACGAUUCUAAAACAACUGACAAAGGGCACUACAGAAGAAAAAAAGAACACUCUGAUACAGAAGAGAGGGAGAAGCAAAAGAGCAAACGGGGUGGUCAUUUCCACAGAAGGAGGUGCUCUCGUAGUGUGGAAACAAAUAAGCAAAGUCGUCACAAGCAGGAGUAUUGGAAUGGAAACAGAUACAGAUCUUCCCAUACUGAAAGAAACAGCCCUGAUGUCAGCAGAAGCUCAGGGAAAUAUUCUCAUUACAGAUCUCAAAGCAGAGGACGUGAACAAGAUAGGAGUAGAUAUUACUGUUCCAAAGAGGAGAGAACUUGGAACAGAGAAAGAUACUAUCAAGAUGAAUCCUGGAGAUGGCAAAAAUGCAGACACUACAAUGAUUACUAUUAUUUUCAUGCAAAAGGAGAUAGUCGAGAAAGAAAGUUCUCCCAUUACAAUAAAGAUUAUGACAAAUCAAGUCAUGCUUGCACCAGGCCACAUAAGGAUUAUCAUUACAAAAGCAGACGGCCUCACAACUCACUCUCUAGAGAGAAGGACGUACGUCACUUUAGCAGUCACAGAGCACACUCACAACACUGUUCACUAGCCUGGCAGCAACCUGAAAAGUAUUCUCAUGAAAGACAUAUACUUCCACCUGUUCCAUCAACUCAUUUAAAUCGUGGGGACUUCUCCCCCAAAAAUGAAAAACGAAAUGACUGGAAAAGAAAAUAUGCAGAAAGUAGUGAAAGUGAAACAGAAAGGAAAAGCAGAAAGGUAGAAAAAGAGGUUUUGGAUGAGCAAAAGAUGGAAAAAUUCAAGAAAGCCAAGAAGAAGUCCAAAGAUAAACAUCGAGAGAAGGAUUACAAACAUUAUGAUUCGGAUUCCUCUGUGCUCCACUUUGACAAUGACAAUCGCAAACAUAAGAAAAAAAAGAAAAAGAAGAAACACACCAGGAAGGAGAAAGGCUUCUUGGAAAGCUCGGAUCUUCGUUUCCAGAAGCAAGCAUGGGAGAAGGAAGAAUCUCACUCUCCUGGUGACUGUUUACGUGAGCAAUACGGAAAUGAUGGCAGUAGACAACCUGACAAGGAAGGCAUGCAUUCCUGUGGGAGCAAAAUCAAGAACUAGAUCUCCAUUGCAUCCAAUGAGAAUAUUAAAGAUGCAAAUUACUAAUUGAAGCCUUCAAUACUCAAACGAAAACAACCGUCAAAGCCAACAACUUUUCAACAAAAGCGAACACUUCACAUCAUCAGAAUCGGCUGCUUUAGACAU